AGACACACACACACACACACACACACACACACAGACCUAGGUUCAGCCAGACGGAGGGAGAGAGAGAGGGAGGGAGACACACACACACACACAGGGAGAGAGAGAGGGAGGUAGAGAGAGGAUGUCUCUGUAGCAGCGUCUUUUCACGUCCAACACAACAAGCGUAUUACCUUUCUCUCCACGCGCCUGGAAACGGAUUUACGCGCACGAAAGGAGUUUGGAGGACUAGUAGGAUGCUGAGUAUCUUUCCUCCUCGCCACUGCUCUCCACCCAGCUCUCCAUGACCUGAGAGCGCCACCACAGCGGGAGGAACGAAACACCAGAAAGAGAGAGAGAGAGAAAGAGGAAGAGGAGGGUAGAAGGUCAAGGAAGGAAAGAAGGAAGGAAGACACUUUUUUAGUUGUUAUUGUUUGUUUUCGCUUUCUGAAAUGGCGGCGACGGAGGCCAGCGCUGCACCAGUGGUCCAGGAGGACGGGAAAACCCCCGAGAGCAAACCCACAGAGGCGGAGCAACCAGUUAAAAAUGCCAAUGUAAACUCAGAGACUGUCAACAAUGAAGUUGUUGAUAAAGAUGGCGCUGCCGUCAACAGCGAGGUGGUCGAUAACAAAGAGACUGUGAAUAAUGACACAGCGGCGGCUGCAGGGACCGAGGAGGGAGGAGCAGCAGCGGAGGAGGAGGCGGCACCUCCUCAGAGCUCGGAAAACGCCUCGACUGCCGAGCCCAAGACCUCGUUCCUGGACUCGUUCCUCAACAAGAGCGGCCUGGGGAAGGUGAUGGCAGGGAGGAAGAAGAAAGAGCAGAGCACAGCUGCCGGAGGAGGAGGAGAGGAGAACGCAACUGACGGAGGCGAGAAAGAGGGAGAGAAAGGAGAGGAGGCUGCAGCAGCUGAGGGAGGAGCAGAGGGAGGUGCAGAAGGAGAGGCGGCGAUAGAGAAAGCUCCAGAAAAUGGAGAGAAGGAGGAGGAGAAGAAAACAGAGAAGGCCAAACCAGCAGAGGCUAAAUCCACAGUUCGAGAUAUGAUCAGGAAACCGGUGGCGAGGAUCUUCUCCCAUCGCAGCACCGAGAAGAAGGAUGGGGCAGAACCCCAGAAACCAGUCAAGGUCCGAUCCAAGUCCCUGGACCGGCUGGAAGAUCCUGAAGCACUUAACGCCACUGCAGACUCCACCAUAGAGGAGGGAGGAGCAGCAGGAGGAGCAGAGGGAGAAGCAGAGGGAGGUGCGGAGGGAGGCGCAGAGGAAGAACAAAAGGCCUCAUCCGCCUCGGCUGCCACCAAGCACAUGAAGCGCUGGCACUCCUUCAAGAAGCUCAUGGCUCAGAAGACGCACAAAAAGAGCAGCGGAGGAGAAGAUGGUAAGGAGGAAGGAGCGGAGGGAGGAGAAGGAGGCGGCGGAGACUCCUCCACGCUGGACUCCAAAGAGUCGGGGCAGAAGAGGUGGAAGCUGAAACGCUCCUGGACCUUCCAGGGCAUGAAGAGGGACCCAUCCAUGGUCGGCAUCAGCGGCAAGACCAAGAGCUCCGACAAAGACUCAGCUGACAACAUGAAGCCAGAGGAAGCGGCGGAAGCAGGAGAGGAGGGAGGAGAAGAGGCGAAGGCGGAGGAAGGAGCAGAUGAGGUCAAGAUGGAGGAGGGCGAGGAGAAGACGGAGGGAGGCGAGGAGGAGAAGGCAGCAGCAGCAGCCGGAGGUGGAACUGUGACGCAACACGCCAACGAGAUCUGGACCUCUUUCAAGAAGCGCGUCAUCCCCAAGUCCAAACGAGCCAACACGGAGUGCGCCCCCAGCGGGGAGGAGGACGCCACUGCAGCUGCCCCCUCUGGUGAGGAAGGAGCAGCGGAGGAGGGCAAAGACGGAAAAUCAGCCAAGGCCAAGCGCUCACACUUCGGCCGCGCUGUUUCCCUGAAGAACUUCAUCCUGCGAAAGGGAAAGUCCACCAGCGUGGACCUGGGCGAGGGCGCCAAGGAGGAGGAGGAGGCUGCAGAGGAAGGAGAAGCAGCGGAGGAAGGAGGCGCCAAUGAUGAAGCCGCCACCGCUGCUGAGGAGACCAACAACAAAGAUGCAGCAGUGUCCGAGAAAACGCCGGCGGAGGAAAGCGUAGGUGAAGCGGAGAAGACGCCGGCUGAGGCCCCGGUGACAAACGGAGAGAACGGCUGCUCCAACGGCACGGCGGAGGAGAACGCCACACACAAUCACCAGGAGGAGGAGAAGACGACGGGGAGCAGCCCUGUGAAGAAGAGCAAGGAGGCGGGGGGAGUAAAAGAGGAGGCCAACGCCAAGAUCAUCAACGCCACGGCGGCUGUGAACAGCGACAAAAAGGCGGGAAACGUGUGAGGCCACACAAAGAGGAUUAAAACGGCCCGGGAUUCGCUGAGCAAGGAGCUCUGAGCCCCGCCCCCUCCCACCCUCACAGACACCCCCCCUCCUCCUCCAUCCCUCCUCCCUCCUCCCGAAUAACGGAGUGAUCACGUGUUACCAUGGUGAGCGAGAGAGAGACUGAGACGCGAUUCACGUAGACGAGAAGUGAGAAAUAAAUAAUUACUCAGAAAGCAAUAAUUCAAACCCCCGCCCCCUUCGCCCACAUUCCUUCA